GUUCACCAAGAUGGGCUUUGGCGGCAAUCUAGAGCCCAGCUUUGUAAUCCCCACAGUCGUUGCUUGUCAUGACUCAUUCGCCGCCUCUGCUGCGCUGGCGGCGCCUGGAGCCAAUGCCGUGUCGCCAGCUCAGCAGCAGCAGCAGGCCCACGUGGCAGCGCUCAUGGCUGACCUGGACGUCCACGUGGGCGAGGCGGCGUACGCUGCUGCACGAUCUGGGCCGUACAAGCUGACGCACCCUGUGCAGAGAGGACAGAUAGAAGCAUGGGACGCCAUGGAGCAUCUGUGGCAGCAGAGCCUCUUCAAGUACAUGCGGGUGGAGCCAGAGGAGCAUGUGCUGCUGCUGGCUGAGAGCCCUCUCACCCCACCCGAACACCGAGAAUACAUAGCCGAAAUCAUGUUUGAAACGUUCAACGUGGCAGGUCUGUACAUGGCUAGUCAACCAUCCCUUGCCCUCACUGCAGCAAACACGGCAGCUCAGGUCCCAAUGACAGGCGUGGUGGUGGAUGCAGGCUUUGCUUCAGCCUCUGUCAUCCCCGUGGUGGAGGGCUAUGUGUUGGGGGGCAGCUCUCGCUCCAUGCCCGUGGGCGGCGCUCACUCCACGGCCUUCGUGCAACAGCUCAUGCGGGACCGAGGGGAGCCGGUACCAGCAGAGGAGGCGAUUGAAGUGGCGAGAAAAGUGAAGGAGACCUAUGGAUACACAUGCUCCGACCUUGUCAAGGAGUUCACGAAGCACGACAGGGAGCCCAAUAAGUACCGCAAGGUGUGGACCGCCACCAACGCGCGCACCAACACGCCCUACCGCUGCGACGUGGGGCAUGAGCGGUUUCUGGCUGCUGAGGUCUUCUUCGCCCCAGAGAUAGCAGUGAGCAACGUGGGCACGUCGCUGGCGGAGCUGGUGGAUGCAGCGGUGCAGACUGCCGCCAUCGACACACGCCGCUCGCUCUACAAGAACAUUGUGCUCUCAGGCGGCUCCACCCUCUUCAAGGACUUUGGGCGGCGCUUGCAGAGAGACGUGAAGAAAGCUAUCGAGGCCCGCAUGGCCGGGUCCAGCGAGCCCAAGGCAUCGGACAUAGAGGUGACAGUGGUGUCCCAUCAUCUGCAGGAGCAUGCCGUGUGGUUCGGGGGCUCUGUUGUCGCCUCCUCCCCGGGUUUCCAAGGGGUGUGCACCACACGAGCUGCUUACUUGGAGCACGGGCCUAACUCUAUGGCAGCCACAGACGCUGCCGAUGAUGUGGCCGACGAUGACGAUGAUGCCGACGGUCGCCCAGUUCCCGACCCUCUCACCGACCUAGACUUCCUACAAACGGUCUUACUGAAGCAUGGGCCAUCGCCUGCGCCACCGUCGCAACCCACCUCGAGGAGCCCUUCGAUUCCCAGGGUCUCUGCACCUCUGCACGAGGCCGUCACCGAACCAGUCACCGCUGCGCAACAGACGGUGCCCCAUGAGGCGUCCGUCGAAGCACCUUCCCGUCCCGCGCCACCGACGAAGCUGCGGUACCGCCAGACCAUGUUUCCGUGGGCAACUCCACCUCCUCCAUCGACCGUUGAAACUCCAGCGAGCGAUGAGUCUCCCAUGCAGGACAGCUCGAAGCCCAAGUUCGACAGCUUUGAGCUGAAAUACGAAGAAGCUCAUGAGCGUUUCAAGACUAGGUGGUCUACCGAUUAUUCAUGGUUGAUUCUUACUAAAACCUCUUCUGGUGCCCCUUCUUUCAAGUGCAGUAUUUGCUUGGAGUUUGCGGGCUUGACUGGCAAGUGUGGACGGCGUGACGAGGGCGCGACCGACGUGCAGACACAGUCCUUCAAGAAGCACGAAGGGACUGUGAAGCACCGAUUUGCUCUGAAACGGCAGGAGGAUCUGCUGCAGAACUACCGGCGACAACAGCGCAUCGACAUGCACCCGAAGGCACAGGACAAGGAGCUGUUGCAGGUUUUGUCGCUCGUGGACUCACUGUACUUCAUGGGGAAGUGCAACGGGCCCAUGGACUCGUGGAUCUGGCUGGUGCCCCUACCUGGCGAAGAAGAAGCCGAGCUUGUUGCAAUGUUUUGCACGGAGGCGUUGGCUGCCAAAGCCGCGGCAGAGGCGAUUCCAACCUUCAACAUGGUUGACGACAUGAUCCGCUCCGUCGCAGAGUAUCUCGGGCGGUCGUUACCAUGGCAUCAGCGGUUCAUGGAGCUGCAGGAGGUGUUCACGUCGACAAACCUUGAGGUGCAAGGGAUUUGCGACGUACGGUGGCUUUCAAGAGGUGCUGCAGUCGCACGCUUUGUCCAAGUCCUUCCCUCCGUCAUGGUGAUGUUGUCGGAGUGGAAGGACUAG